AUGAAGCUUCCAGUAUCCUUAUCCUUUUUCAUCGUUCUAGUCGCAUCAGUAAAUGCAUUCACUCUGCGCCAACAAAAGAUGGUAAGCAUCUUCGCCCUGGAGUGUAUGGCCGAAACGGGCAUUGGAGCCGAAUCGCUAACGAAACUUCGGGACGGCGAUUUAACCGCCAACGAUCGUACGGCCAAAUGUUUCAUGAAAUGUUUCUUCGAGAAGGAGAACUUUAUGGAUGCCGAGGGUGUGCUGCAGUUGGAAGCGAUUGCGGUGGCACUGGAAAAGGAUUACGAGCGGGUCAAGAUUGAUGAGAUGUUGGAGAAGUGUGGUGUACAAAAGGAGGACGCCUGUGAGACGGCGUUCAAUGCUUAUGAGUGCUAUCACGAUCACUACCAAAAUUUGUAG